AAUCCGGUCGUGGUGAUAUCCCUUGCCAGAAUAGCUGGUGCAACGGCCGUAAUCUGAACUCCGAAGAAGGGGACAUUCUCUUCCCUCUCCCUAUUUGCCGCCAUUUUUGAGAUAAGGGAUAUAAUAUACUCGAACGCCAAACUUGAAGAGAAAGGAAUUCCAAAGAACAGAAGAAGGGAGAUGCUUCUGCGAGGCGGAGCUCAAGAGCUCUCAUCAUCAGCUCUCGCUGUCACUACUACGGUCUCCCUCAAAUCAAACCACACAUUUACCUCCCCAAUGCGCACAGCCAUCUCUUCUUCGUUUAGGGUUAUUCGCUCCCUCGCUCUCUCCUUCCCUCACUCCCACCGCCGCUUCAUUCGAAAUAUCUUUGUAUUUGAACCCUCACCCCUUACUGUUUCGUCUCACAUUAAGAACACUCGCUUGUCCCCUUUUCUCGGUGCGCCAAGGCCGACUGCCUCGGUCGCUGCUUUCACUGCAUCUGUCGAGCAUUUGUCAAGAGAAGAUGAGAGGGUCGGAGUGGAGGAGAAUUGGAAUUUCAAUGAAGAAAGUGGAAAUGAGUUCUCCGAUUUCGAUGCCAGCGCGGCCGCAAAUGAUUUGAAGCAUCUGCCAUCGCCAUUCUUUGAGGUUAAGGAGCUGGAAGAGCUUCCAGAACAGUGGAGAAGAUCGAAGCUGGCGUGGUUGUGUAAACAAUUGCCGGCUCAUAAGCAUGCUACUUCGAUUCGGAUACUCAAUGCUCAGAGGAAGUGGAUUACUCAGGAAGAUGCUACUUAUAUUGCCGUUCAUUGUACGCGGAUUCGCGAGAACGAGACUGCGUUCAGGGUGUAUAAAUGGAUGACCAAGCAGCACUGGUUUCGUUUUGACUUUGCCCUCGCUACUAAAAUUGCAGAUUACCUGGGAAAGGAGCGAAAAUUUUCAAAAUGUCGAGAGAUAUUUGAUGACAUAAUCAAUCAGGGUAAAGUGCCUAGUGAAUCUACUUUUCAUAUUCUGACUGUUGCAUAUCUUAGCGCUCCAGUUCAAGGUUCACUGGAGGAAGCAUGUGGCAUUUAUAACCGCAUGAUUCAGUUAGGUGGUUACAAGCCCCGCCUUAGCUUGCACAAUUCUCUCUUUAGAGCACUUGUCAGCAAACCUGGUGGCUCAUCAAAACUGUAUCUCAAGCAGGCAGAGUUCAUUUUCCAUAACUUGGUAACAUCUGGACUCGAGAUACACAAGGAUAUUUAUGCAGGCUUGAUUUGGCUCCAUAGUUAUCAGGACAGAAUAGAUAGAGAAAGAAUUAGAUCACUGAGGGAGGAGAUGAGGUCUGUGGGAAUUCAAGAGGGUAGGGAUGUGCUUCUCUCCAUCUUGAGAGCUUGUUCCAGAGAAGGAGACACUGAGGAGGCUGAACGGACAUGGCUUAAGCUGCUGGAGUCUGAUUGUGGUAUUCCUUCCCAAGCCUUUGUUUAUCGGAUGGAAGUCUAUGCAAAGGUUGGAGAACCUAUGAAAUCAUUGGAGAUAUUCAGGGGGAUGCAGGAAUGCUUGGAAUCCACUAGUGUAGUGGCAUAUCAUAAAAUCAUAGAGGUCAUGUCUAAAGCCCAAGAAAUGGAAAUUGCUGAAACUAUUAUGAGUGAGUUCCUAGAUAGUGGUCUUAAGCCCCUUAUGCCAUCUUUUAUUGAUUUAAUGAGUAUGUACUUCAAUUUGAACUUGCAUGGUAAACUUGAGUCAACUUUCUCACAGUGCAUUGAGAAAUGCCAUCCCAACCGUACCAUUUACAAUAUAUACUUGGAUUCUCUGGUGAAAAGUGGUCAUAUUGACAAGGCUGAGGACAUCUUUAGUAAAAUGAACAAUGAUGGGACAAUUGGUGUUAACUCUCGAUCAUGCAAUACCAUUCUGGCUGGGCAUCUCUCUUCUGGAGACUACAUAAAAGCAGAAAAAAUUUAUGAUUUGAUGUGCCAGAAGAAAUAUGACAUUGAUUCUUCAUUAAUGGAAAAACUUGAGUAUAUUUUGAGCUUGAAAAGAAAGGUGAUUAAGAAGCCCAUAAGCCUCAAGCUAACUAAAGAACAAAGGGAGAUUCUGGUGGGUUUGCUAUUGGGCGGUUUAUGUAUAGAAACAGAUGAGGAGAGGAGGAACCAUGCAAUCCAUUUUGAGUUCAAUGAAAACUCUGAUGUUCAUUCUGUUUUGAGGAGACAUAUACAUGACCAGUAUCACGAGUGGUUAAAUUCUCCUGGUAUGCCAAAUGAUGAAGAAAAUUUACCAUUUCGGUUCUCUACAAUUAGACACAGUUACUUUGGCUUCUAUGCAGAUCAGUUCUGGCCGAAAGGUCAACCUGUGAUUCCAAAGCUAAUACACCGGUGGUUGUCCCCACGUGUUCUAGCAUAUUGGUAUAUGCAUGGGGGCCAGAGAAUGGCCUCAGGGGAUAUUUUGCUGAAGCUAAAGAGUGCAACUCGUGAAGAUGUUGAGAGAGUUGUCAAGACAUUGAAAACAAAAUCACUGGACUGCAGGGUUAAGAGAAAGGGGAGAGUAUUUUGGAUUGGCUUCUUUGGAAGCAAUGCUGUGUGGUUUUGGAAACUGACAGAACCUUACAUUUUGGAUGGCCUGAAAGAACUUCUAAAACCAGGCCAUCCUUUGGAAAAGGGUGUGACAGAAGACCAAAACAUAAACUUCGAUAGUGAUUCUGAUUUUGAUGAUAGGGCUUCUAAUUUCAGGGACAGUGAUAAUCAAUAGGACAGCCAAGAUUGGGCAUACAUGCUAACCCAAGUGUACACUUUGUUUAUAUGGUUUGUGUUGAAGACCAGUUAAAACAGUUUUUGAUGAUUCCAGGGCUUCUAUCAGUUCAUAGCGGCAGGCUUUGAGCAUAAUUAUUUAAUUGCCUAUAGGGUAACUUUGUUAUCCAGUUAUAUUAAUGGGUAGAGAGCCGUUGUAUCAGAUCCAUCUUAGAUUUGUUUACUUAAUUACAAGAAUGUGAUUCCAUUGCGAUAUUUAAAUGCUUGUGUCUUAUGUACCAUCCAUAUCAUCCAUUUCAA